CAGAUCAUCAAACUGCACAAUACUCCAAAGAUCAAAAGGAUUAAUGUCAAGAAGUAAUAACGAUGCUAUAGAAUUGUUACUAUGAAUUAUUAAAAAAAAUUAAUGAAUGAAUUCUUUUGAAAAAAUCUGGUCCAUUAAUCAACCCAAAAUAAAAUGACAAAUGUUGGUAAUCUUCCCAUUUUCAUAAUCUUUCCGUGACCAAGAAAAUCAGAAAAGAGAAGCAACUGGGUAUCCAUGCAAAUUUUGCAGUUAUGUUCCAACAUCCAUUCCGUUCCUCAAAUUGGAGCGUGCAACCGCAACGACCAAACCGGAUCCAAAUCAGUUUCAGGGAGACCCAAGGUCAGCCCUCAACUGAACCGCUGGUCAAGAGCUCGAGCCAUCCGGUCCGGUCACAAACUGGACCGGUCCGGUCCCCGAACCCAACCGCUGGAACCCAACCCUCCUCAACCACCGAUUUCUCUCCCACUCGACCCAAACGACGCCGUCAGUUUUGACGGCGCAGAGGUAAGGACCGUCAAGUCCAUCUACAUAGUCUCCGACGGAACCGGAUGGACCGCCGAACACUGCGUUAGCGCCGCUUUGGGUCAGUUCGACUAUUGCUUGGUAGACCGUGGCUGCCCCGUCAAUACCCAUUUAUUUUCUGGGAUUGAUGAUGCGGAGAAUUUGUUGGAGAUCGCAAAGCAAGCAGCGAAGGAAGGGGCUUUGCUUGUGUAUACUUUAGCUGACCCAUCAUUGGCUUUAGCUGCAAAACAAGCAUGCAAGUUAUGGGGGGUGCCUUCCACUGAUGUGUUGGGACCCAUCACAGAGGCUAUUGCUUCUCAUUUGGGUGUCUCUCCCUCUGGUCUUCCUCGUGGGGCUUCUGGUCUUCCCCUCUCUGAUGAUUACUUUCGUAGGAUUGAAGCUGUUGAGUUUACUAUCAAGCAAGAUGAUGGGGCGUCUCCCCAGAAUCUGGCCAAGGCUCACAUUGUUCUCACCGGCGUUUCACGCACCGGCAAGACCCCCUUGUCCAUUUAUUUGGCUCAGAAGGGGUACAGGGUGGCCAAUGUUCCCAUUGUCUUGGGUUUGGAAAUGCCAAGGACUCUGUUUGAGGUGGAUCCAAAAAAGGUUUUUGGUUUAACUAUAAAUCAUGUUGUGUUACAGAAUAUUAGAAAAGCAAGGACUAAAGCUAUGGGAUUAGGUUCAGAAGGUAGGAGUAAUUACUCUGAGAUGGAUUAUGUUAGAGAGGAACUUGAAUUUGCAGGAAGGCUCUUUGCUCAGAACCCUCUUUGGGCAGUCAUUGAUGUGACUGGAAAAGCCAUAGAAGAGACUGCAGCUGUUGUAUUGAGACUGUACCAUGACCGGAAGCACCAGUGCACCAUGCCAAGGAUCUCAAAACGCUAUUAGAGAUGACAAAUUUUUCUCUUGUUGAGCUACAGAUUGUAAAGCACCAAAAUUGUAUACUAUUACAGUGCAGAGUUUGCUGACUACUCAUAAUUUCAUGUACCAUAUGCUUGUGGGGGUAUACUUUAGCUAACAGGUAUGUCUUUUUUAGGUGUCAUAUAUCAUUCUAUGUACGUUUUGACAUGUUACUAUCAAUUUCAAGACUUGUAUUAUAAGUAAUUCGAUUCUAAGAAAAGGAUUGCUAGAUAAUCUACCAAAACAAGAGUUGAACAGUAUCUUACUAGGCCCAGCUGCUGAAAAGGUGUUUUGCUCUGGCGAAAACUGCUUUAAAAAAAAUUUGGUGAUUGUGGGUGACUUUUCUUUUAGUGAAAUUUCUCAUAGAGCGCAAUGAAUAGG